AUGGAGAAGAUGAAAGAGACCAUGUUAACCAAGCAUUGGGAUGCUAGUGGCCAUGCCGAGAAGAAAGAGAAGCACAAGGAGAAGAAGUGGGAGAAGAGGUGUGCCUUCGAGGAGCGCAAGAUCGCCCUAGAGGAGCAAAAGAGGAGGGACGAGUGGACCGCCGAGGAGGAUCGGUUCAUCUUGAUGAAUCCGGAGGGCAUGGAUGCAAUGACAAGGGAAUUUUGGGAAUUGAGAAGAAUGGAGAUCAUGUGUCGGAGAAACAUGGAGCUUCAAAAUCUUAUGGCCGGUGAGUUGGGCAAUGUAGGUGGUGGUGUUGGGUUUGAAGGGGGUUUUGCUUUUGGCAAUGUUGGUGGUGGUGGAUUUGACAUGGGUAGUGGAGGGUUUGGAGGUGCUGGUGGCUUCGACAAUGGUGGUGGAGGUGGGUUUGGAGGUGGUGCUGGUUUUUGCAUUGGGGGUGGUGGUGGUGGCUUUGGCAAUGGUGAUGGAGGUGGUGGUGGUGCUUCGGCAAACAAUGUGGAUGGUGGUGAUCACUACUAG